AAAUGUAGCUGCCCGAAGUAAAGAUGGCCUUUCACGCUAGUGACGUCAUCUCGAGCGCCAGUAAGGAUUUCUGACUUAACAAUCGGAGCCGGAAGAGGAGGAGCUUCCGUCGGUGGCCGCAGCUGAAGGUGACACUUUAUAAACAAAGUGUUUUCUGCCAGGAUGAUGCUGUCUCUCCGACACUUACUGCGCUCAUCCCUCCCCUCAGCCACACCCGCUGUUUCCUUUAGAUUUAACUCUACAGCACCUGAACAGGCACAAAAAAAGGCAAAGUUUGGACCCCUGAAUGAUGAAGAUCGUAUUUUCACCAAUCUUUAUGGUCGUCAUGACUGGAGGUUGAAGGGAGCUCUGAGCCGUGGUGAUUGGUAUAAGACCAAGGAAAUCCUCCUGAAAGGAGUGGAUUGGAUAUUGGGGGAGAUGAAAGCUUCAGGCCUACGUGGAAGAGGGGGUGCUGGUUUUCCAACCGGCUUGAAAUGGAGCUUUAUGAACAAGCCAUCUGAUGGGCGCCCCAAGUAUCUGGUGGUCAAUGCAGAUGAAGGGGAGCCAGGGACCUGUAAAGAUCGUGAGAUUAUGAGGCACGAUCCACACAAGCUGGUGGAAGGAUGUCUGGUUGCUGGGCGCAGCAUGGGAGCACGAGCUGCUUACAUCUACAUACGAGGAGAGUUUUACAACGAGGCCUCAAACCUUCAGGUGGCUAUUCGGGAGGCCUACGCUGCAGGUCUUAUUGGACGUGAUGCCUGUGGCUCGGGUUAUGAUUUUGAUGUGUUUGUGGUGAGAGGAGCUGGCGCUUAUAUUUGUGGAGAGGAGACGGCUUUAAUUGAGAGUAUUGAAGGAAAGCAAGGAAAGCCCCGCCUCAAGCCUCCAUUCCCUGCGGAUGUUGGUGUUUUUGGCUGCCCAACAACUGUUGCUAAUGUAGAGACUGUUUCUGUGGCCCCCACUAUAUGUCGCCGCGGUGGAUCCUGGUUUGCUGGCUUUGGCCGGGAAAGAAAUUCUGGAACCAAACUGUUUAACAUCUCUGGACAUGUCAACAAUCCAUGCACUGUGGAGGAGGAGAUGUCCAUCCCGCUGAAAGAGCUUAUAGAAAGACAUGCAGGUGGUGUUAUUGGUGGUUGGGACAACCUGCUUGCUGUAAUCCCAGGUGGUUCCUCCACUCCUCUCAUACCCCGGUCAGUGUGUGAUGAUGUUCUCAUGGACUUUGAUGCUUUGAUACAGGCACAGACUGGUCUAGGCACAGCAGCUGUCAUUGUAAUGGAUAAAUCAACUGACAUUGUUCGUGCUAUUGCGCGGCUUAUAGAAUUCUAUAAACAUGAAAGUUGUGGUCAGUGCACCCCCUGCAGGGAAGGUGUUGACUGGAUGAACAAAGUCAUAUGGCGAAUGUGUCAAGGAAAUGCCCGUCCAGAUGAGAUUGACAUGUUGUGGGAAAUUAGCAAGCAGAUUGAGGGCCACACUAUCUGUGCUUUGGGAGAUGGCGCUGCUUGGCCUGUGCAGGGUUUGAUUCGUCACUUCCGUCCAGAGUUGGAGGAACGUAUGAAACAAUUUAAUGCAGCCAAGAGACAGCAAGCCAGCAGCUGAAACGGUCCUGAACGCUCUGUAUAAAAGAUUGCAAUUUUUAUUUAUACAGGAAUACUACUGCAUAACCCUCCAUAUGUGUGCUAAUAAAUCAGAGCUUUCUCAACUGA